AUGGAGCCUGAACAUCGAUCCAGAUUUCGUGGACCAAAUAGUUUCUAUUCUCCAGAGAAUCUGCUACUAAAUUCUAUAACUGGAGCCAAAUCAGCUGAUGGACAAAGUCGCUCGUUUAGUACUGAUGCUAAUGGUUAUGCUAAAGUGAUGGAGAACGUGAUGGUGAUCGCAUCUAUUGUGUUUUUUGGUGAUGCAUUUAGUAGUCAUAAUGGAAAUGAAGAUAAAACAAAUUUUGUUGUACCAUCUGCUGUUGGACAAAUACGUCUACUCACUAAUAUUUACUCAAGAAUAAACUUUGAUCCUCAACUUAUUUUCUGUAUUGAAGCCCAUGGUACUGUUACACCUGUAGGUGAUCCUAUCGAAGCAAAUUGUUCAGGUCAGUUUUUUAAUCAAUCAUCUCUUGGUCCUCCAUUAUUGAUUGAUUCUGCUAAGAGCAAUCUAGGGUACACAGAAGGAACAGCUGGUGUUGCAUCACUUAUCAAAUUUGCCAUGUUAAGUUUUGUGCAACCUGAUCGUUCUCAUUUUCUUAGCAGUUACCAACAACUUUAUUGUUUUAUUGAUUUAGCAAAAACCGCAAAUUUCUUCAACGUAUCUCUGAACAACUAUUUCUUCGAAGAACAAUUAGUUUCACAAAUUUAG